AUUACCAGUUAUAGGUCGAUUUGAUACUUGGCGUCGCGCGCUUCGCCAGGGCCGGUCCGAGCAUUAGGUCCAGUGUCCAGGGCAUGAUAUUGGUGCCGGGCCGUUCAAAAUACAUAUGGCCAAAUUUACCUUAUUGUACUUUUGUAAUAAGGUCCUUUAAAAUAUGCAGUCAUAAGUAAAUAAUGUAAUAAUAAGCUAUCAUGCCACCCUUCAUCUAUUCUCGUUUUCCUGAUGAAAGAAUUAAGAAACGUGAUCCAGGACGCCGCCAGCCCUGCGCCUCAAAACAAUUAGCAAAAUGCAGCAUUAAGAGUCCCAACCUGACGUUUAGAGGGGAGUCGGGGACGCUUAUAGGACAUUUAUCAAAGCCAUUAUUAUGUGUGGGUGCCGCGGCGCGUCCGUGCUGGAGCGGAGAUUUCUCGGGAGCCGAGGCUGCGGCCGCGGUGACGUCACGGCUGCCUCACCUGGGCGGCGCUGAUUGGCCGUGUCACCUGUGACGUCACCUGAGGGCGGCACGUUAAAAGUGGUGUGCCGCCGGCAGUCUCACCCAGUACGGUGUGGGUGCUGGUGUGUGUGUGUGCCGACCCGAGGUGCGGCUCAUCUCUGACUGUGACUGACCACCGAGCCCGCACCGGCCGCGAGCCACCGUCACCGCCACCCGCCAUGACCUCUGGGUGUCUGCUGUGGCUACUGGUUGUCCUCCUCGGCGUCUGCUGGACCGGGCUGGCCGAGCACCUGGGCCAGGUCGAGCCGAGAGCUACGCGACAAAUAUGCGGCAACGACUUCGACAGCAUGUACUUUGCCGGAGCGUGUGACCUGGGCCGCAAACGGUCUGCCUGGCCGCCGCUGGGCCCAGUCGAGCCGCAGUUUCAGCUCUACUACCCGACCUCAGACUGGGAGUCGGUGCCGGCCGACCUGGGCCGGCUGGAGAACUCCUUGGUCCACCGGCUGGCGCGCAGUGUGUGGUUCGGCCAGCAGCGGCCGCGGCCGCACCUGACGCCAGCCAGCGCCCGGCACCCCGUCUGGAAGCACCAGCGCGCCUCCAAACGGUCGCCGGCCCACUACCGCCGGCUACACGACCUGUGUUGCGGUAAGGGCUGCAGCGAGGCGCACUUUGUCGGUAUCUGCUGAGUUCACCGUGGCCGACCUCCACUCCGCAUACCUCCCGUGGCGCUCCAUUCUGGGCGUCCUCCGCUUCAGGUCGCCGGCGGGGUGUCGGGCUACGGACCGGCACCGCAGGGCGACACCACCGAUCUCAGAGACCGCCGGCCGGCCGGCCGCCGGGGACGCGAGCCGGCCGGCGGAUCAGGGCCAGCGAACGAACGAGAGUGGAUGAAAGCGUAUCGACAACACGAGCGACGUCCUCCGCUAAGGUGGAGAUGAUAAGACGGUGUCGGCUUUUGUGCUGUCGGCAGUUGGAAUAUCCGACAAGACGAGGUUUCACUUUAUUCGACAAAACAUAAAAAUGAAACGUUGACCCUCGAAAGCAUCGUUCGUGGCGGUGUUAUAUGAACGACAUGAAAACAUGACAGGCGUUAACAAUACGUGGUAAAAUACAGCGUGAAGGUCAUUAUGCAAAUUGAGGGCGGAAACAGACUGCGUCUAGGAUGGAACGAAUUUGCGAGUGCACUCGAACGUAUCAUGAGAAGUGGAUGACCGCAAACGUCUAACUUUUAUCCCCUUUGGCAACGACACAAUUUUAUAGCCAGCUUUUGAGUCGUAUGGAUCAAAUAAGCUGAAUUUGCAAGGCGUUUUAUUUCGAAAUGAGAAAGGAACACUACCAUACAAUCCGCCGGAAAGCGUAAAGCAAUGUUCAAGCAUUCCGAAAAGCAGGCUAUUGUAUAAAGGUGGGAACGAAAAUUCGCAAAUCAUUGGGCAGCCGUACCUUUAUUUUAAUUGAACUGUUAUUUGUCCAAUGCCAAAGUCUCCUUUGUCAUUGCAGUUCUUGUUGCGUGUUAUUACAGCGAGCUUUAUCGUUGGCGGUGACAGCCGACAGGUUAGGAGGCAGGUAUUGCCAAAAGUACCUGCAAAUGUACGAUGGAGCGAUCGCUGUUCUGUUCACAUCAUGACCUCCCGUGUGUCAAAGCCAUAAGCUGAAUCAGAAUCUCCGUAGGUGUAGAGGCUGGGCUGUCUCAGAGCAGCAGUCCGCACAUAGAGGCUGAACCGUUUGAACCCUUCAAGGACAGGGUUUGCGCUGGUGUUCUAUUUCGCAUGUCUUUCUGCUGUCAACACCGCGCACCUCUUACUGUCGUCUCGCUGUGUCCGAACUAUUUUCCCACAUCCUAUUGUGUGUUCACUAAAUUAUUGGCUAGGAAAGGCGAAGUGAAAUAAUUGUAUAUGGUUCCGUGUAAAAUAAAAUAUGCAUACUUUA